AUGAAGCGGACGGUGUACGUUGGUGGUUUGGACGAACAGGUCGACCGCAAGGUUUUGGAAGAGGCUUUUGUGAAGUUUGGGGAUCUGAAGACGGUUGAGAUUCCCCUGGACAUGAAAACUGGGAAGCACCGAGGCUUCGGCUUCGUGGAGUUCAUGGAAGUUGAUGAUGCAGAGGCUGCCAUCGACAACAUGCACUCCGCCGAGCUUUACGGUCGGACGAUCAAGGUGAAUUUGGCACGUGCGCCGAAGAAUACACCGACCACAGAGUCGAACAGGCCGAUCUGGGCAGAUGAUUUCUUCUAUCGCAAGAAGCUGAAGGAGACGCGUUUCUUGGGGCGUUUCACCUAUAGGCGGGAUUUGACCUGA